AUGGAAUAUACUAUGGAAUGUUUGAAGACAGUCCUUGUAGCUAACAGAGGCGAGAUCGCUUGUCGACUUAUCAAAGCUGCACAGAAACUAGGCAUUCGAACUAUUUCCGUCUAUACAGAACCGGACUCGGAGUCUGAGCAUGUGAGGGCGGCCGAUCAUGCUAUUCUGCUAGAUGGUGAAGCAAGAGCAGCAUAUCUAGACGGCGACCAAAUUAUAGAGAUAGCUAAGGAACACGAUGCUCAGGCGAUUAUUCCUGGUUAUGGAUUCCUUUCAGAGAACACAGCCUUUGCUCGGUCGGCUGCUCUAGCCGAGCUGGUCUUUGUCGGUCCCUCUCCGGAAGCAAUCGAAUCUUUUGGUUUGAAGCAUACUGCUCGCGAGCUGGCUCUCGCCGCAGGUGUGCCAGUGGUCCCGGGGACAAAGGGUCUCGUUGACACAGAGGAAGCAGCUACAGCUGCGGCAGCAAGCCUUGGUUAUCCGGUCAUGUUGAAAGCGACCGCUGGCGGAGGAGGAAUGGGGCUUUUGACAUGCCACAAUGAAGCGGAGCUCAAAGAUAAUUUCCGAACGGUACAGUCGCGAGCUUCAUCGUUAUUCAAAAAUGCGGGCGUAUUCCUAGAGAAAUACUACCCGGACAGCCAUCAUAUUGAAGUUCAGGUCUUUGGAAACGGUCAAGGAAAAGCAAUCAGUAUUGGCGAAAGAGAGUGUUCUAUCCAGCGACGACACCAGAAAGUUAUUGAGGAGUGUCCGAGUCCAUUUGUGGAGCAAAGAUAUCCUGAGCUUCGAGAGAAACUGACCGAGUGUGCCGUACGCCUUGCUGAGAGUAUCAAAUAUGGAUCAGCGGGAACCGUGGAGUAUCUUGUUGAUGAUCACACUGGUGACUUCUUCUUUCUUGAAAUGAACACACGUCUUCAAGUCGAGCAUGGUAUCACGGAGAUGUGUUACAAUGUGGACUUGGUAGAACUCAUGUUGCGCCAAGCGGACCAGGAGCUCUCUGGAAAGGGUGGACUCAAAUUUGAAGACCUAGAGGCUCUGCAAUCCGAAUGUCUUGACCCUCAAGGGCAUGCAAUUGAAGCCCGUGUUUAUGCAGAGAAUCCAGUGAGGAACUAUGCUCCAAGUCCUGGCCUUCUACAAGAAGUAUCAUGGCAUACUCCCGGUGGAACACGGAUCGAUACUUGGGUAAGAGCUGGAACAGUGGUCAGUGCAUCUUAUGAUCCUUUGCUUGCAAAGGUCAUGUAUCAUGGCCAGACACGACCAGAUGCAAUUGCAGGGAUGGAAGAAAUUUUGCGCAAGAGCUCCCUUUGUGGCCCUCCGAUAAACCUUGGCUUCCUUCUAGCCAUCAUCAACAAUGAAACAUUCAAAGAGGGCAACACUAUCACAAAGUUCUUGGAAAACUUCAGCUAUACUCCUAACGCUAUCGAUGUCAUCUCCGGUGGCUCUUAUACAUUGGUCCAGGACUUUCCAGGACGCCCAACAGUUGGGCAUGGAUUUGGCCAUGCAGGGCCAAUGGAUCCUAUCGCAUUUCAGACUGCGAACCUUCUCGUUGGUAACCAGGUUGGCACUGAGGGUCUGGAAAUUACCCUCACCGGGCCCGAGCUUCUGUUUCUUAGCGAUGCGGUCAUCUCAAUAUGCGGUCCAUUCAUUCCAGCAGAUCUUGAUGGGACAGAGAUGCCGCUCUGGACACGCAUUGAUGUCAAAGCAGGCCAGCGGCUUAAGGUUGGAAAGAUGGCAGCCCACUGCCGUGUUUAUCUCGCUAUCUUUGGGGGACUACUCAACAUCGCUGAGUGGUUCGGAAGCAAGUCUACAAAUCCCAUGGUAAAUGUCGGAGGGUAUCAGGGAAGACCACUACGUGCAGGCGAUCUCUUGGAGAUCGUAGAAGCAACCAAGAUUGUAAACGCCCCUGCUACAAGUGUUCCACAACACCUACGUCCUCAGUACGGAACUGGCCAAUGGGCUAUCCAAGUCAUGUCUGGGCCCUACGAAACGGGCUUCUUAUCUCCCGAAGGCAUCGAAACACUAUUUUCCACAGCCUGGAAAAUCAGCCACAAUGCCGCGCGCGGAGGAAUCCGACUGAUCGGCCCUCGCCCAGGCUUCGGCCGCACCGAUGGAGGUGAGGGAGGUGCUCAUCCGAGCAAUAUUCUCGAAUAUGGUUACCCGCUCGGUGGGCUGAACUGGACCGGUGACGAACCUGUCAUCUUCCCCGUUGACUGUCCCGAUUUUGGCGGGUUCAUAUGCAGUUUGACGGUUGUGAAAUCAGAUAUGUGGAAAGUUGGACAGCUCCGGUCUGGGGAUCAUGUCAAGUUCCAUCGUGUGUCUCUGGAAACUGCCCUACAAUCCCGACGACAAAAUGCUGCUUUCAUCGAUAGCGUGGCUUUAGCCAUCAAGACCGGAUCUUGGGAUGAAGCCAUGAAGUUUGAUAGCGCCGUCGGGCCUGAGGUCACAGCACCCGGACAGGAUUUACUUCAAGUCCUCGAAGAAAUCCAAACGCGACCCCAAAUCUCAUACCGAGGUGGAGCAGACGAUUAUCUCUUAGUCGAAUACGGAGACGGCCGCGCCGACCUCAAUUAUAAAUGUCGAUCAACAGCGCUAGCCAGGGCCCUCAAGUCAGACACCGGUCCCCUCUCCGCAAACCUGCCCAGCGGAGGGGCGAUCCUCAACAUGAUGUGCCACGGCAGUUCCCUAGCCAUCUUCUACGAUGGUCUGCGUAUACCAAGAUCAGAGCUCAUAGCCAAGCUGGUCACUCUAGAACAAUCCCUCGGAGAUAUGCGAUCCGUCAAGAUUCCCAACCGCCACUUCAAGCUUCCCCUCACAUUCAAGAACAAGAGGCUAGAUGAAGCCAUCGAGCGCUAUAUGGCGAAUCAAAGAUCAAUCGCAAGCUACCUUCCCGAUCCUCUGAAAUUCACAGCAGAAAACAAUGGCAUGACAGUCUCGCAACUCAAAUCCAUGUUCCUGAAAAUGGAAUCCGUCAUCAUAGGCGUCGGCUUCUUCAUGGCUCUCCCACAGAGUCUACCCACAGACCCACGAUACCGUAUUCGGACUCCAAAGAUGAAUCCAAGUCGCACGCAUACUCCCGCCGGAACAGUCUCAUGGGGUGGGACGUCUAUUGCUAUCUAUCCUGUUGAUUGUCCUGGAGGAUACAUGCCUCUGGGUAUGACUAUCCCCACACUCGAUAUUUCUGGGUCAAGACCUGGAUUUAGUGCGGAGAAGCCAUGGAUUUUGGAAGAUAUGGAUACACUAAGUUUCUAUGAAGUCAGCGAAGAAGAUUUCGAUCGCAAACUUGCGCUGUUCAGGGCUGGAAAUUACAAGUUUGAGAUGGAGGAGGGAGUCUUCGAUAUGGCCGUACAUAAUGAGCUUCUGAAGAGGACUACGGAGGAGGCUGAGGCUAUUCAUAAAGAUCGGGCGGUGUCGCAGAAGAAGAUGGCUGAGUUGGAAGAUCGGUUGGUUGAGGAGUGGUUGGCUGAAAAACAAGCGGGUGGAACUAGUUUGGAUGAGAUAAAAUCUUUGCUUGAAGAUCCUACAGUCGAGGCUAUUGAGGCCCCUGUUAAUGCUAAUGUGUGGAAGGUUUCGGUGCGAGAGGGCGAUGUACUCGAGUCAGAUACGGUAACAUGCAUUCUUGAGGCUAUGAAGAUGGAGAUCAAUGUACACACUGAGCCUCGAUUUGCAGGGGUGACUGUCAUCAAGGUCUUAGUUAAGCCUGGAGACACUAUUGAGAGUGGGAAUCCGGUUGUUCUGGUCAGGAAACCGAAGGCAUAG